UGUCGGACAAUUCGGAUGGCUUAGACCAAGUACAUGUAGAAAAUGCUUAAACUGUUUCUUACAUCAGUAGCCGUAGCACUAAUUUAUUUUAGUCAGGCUGAUUCAAGCAGUGGGCUUGAAUUGGGAGCGGUGAAUGUCUUUUCUCGAAAUGUGACAAGUUGGAAAAAUAUAACUAAAGAGGUGUCCAUUGAUACUUUCACUUAUACUUAUUGCAGCUUAGGAAAGCAAUGUCGAAAGAAAAGUGGAACAAGACACGAAUCCCAACAUUUUAUCAUUGCCACAGUGGAAACGGAAUUAUACUGUCGUCCUGGAUUCUACCAAACCGGAAAAAGCUGUGAAGAUGAUUGCGUAGAAACUAAAAAAGCAUACAGGGUCUGCUCUCCCGAAUUGGAUCAAUGUUGUCAGAAUGGGGGAACAUGUCUCAAUACCAACUACAAUAUAACCUGCAACUGCUCCGACGGUUGGAUUGGUGAUUACUGCAGUGAGCGCUGUCCAGUAAAUUUCUACGGUCCAAGAUGCAGCCUAGAAUGUCCGGCUUGCAGUAAUGGUGGUACAUGUGAUCCAGUUAAAGGGCAAUGCGAUUGCUCGCCCGGCUGGACUGGACCAACUUGUGAUGAGAAGUGUAGCACGGGAUGGUAUGGAAAAGACUGCGCUCUUGAUUGCAAGAGCUGCACCUUGGAUGGUGGUCAAUGUCAUCAUAUAACAGGUGAAUGCGAGUGUGCACUGCCAUUUGGAGGACUAUUCUGUGGAGACAUCUGUCAUGAUGGCGAUAAUGUACAAUGUGGCUGGUUCCCAGACUGUUGUCGCAAUGGAGCUACGUGUGACCAAACUGGCAGUGAGAGUAGAUGCAAAUGUCCGCCUGGCUACUUGGGGAAAUUUUGCGAAACACGCUGUACAGGUUUAUGGGGAGAUGGAUGCCAUCGUAGGUGCUUAUGUAAUAAUAAUGCAACGUGUGACCCAACAACAGGGGAGUGUGAAUGCACUCCUGGUUCGUCUGGCAAAUACUGUCAAGAAAGUUUAAAGCCAGCGAUUGGCUCUUUAAAAUGUCCAGUCAAUUGCAGUAAGGAUUAUGGUUGUGACCAAGAUGGACAUUGCUUAUGUCCAUCAAAUUCCACAUGGAGUGAAGACACGUUAUCCUGCCUCCGGAUUGCUGAAAAUAUUCAAACAUCUGCAAUUACAAAAAGGCCUGACAACUUUGGUAAGACAUCACAGUUAUUUUAUAUAUUUUGCUUUUAUUUGUUACCGUCCACCUAUUAUUAUCUUACUUAA